AUGAGUGAACAGAAUAAACUUGUUCAAGUAUCGGGAGAGGAGGUUGCCCAACAUAACAACAAAGAGUCAUGCUGGAUCGCCGUCCGGGGCAAAGUUUACGAUAUAACCGAUUUUCUCGACGAGCACCCUGGUGGUGCUCGAGUAAUCCUCAAAUGUGCCGGUCGUGAUGCCACAGACGACUACGACGCCAUUCAUCCCGCCGAACUUAUCGAAGAAACCCUUCCAGCCUCGGCAUUCAAAGGGACUGUAGACUCAUCAACCCUUGAUCGAUCAGUAUCAACCAAAAAAGCCAUCAGAAACAUCCAAGAAAACGGCAAAACAGACUCCGACAACCCACCUCCAUUAAGCACAAUGCUCAAUGUCCGCGACUUUGAAAGAGUGGCUGAACGCUACUUGGCCGAAAAUGCAUGGGCGUACUACACCGCUGGUGCGGAUGACGAGUAUUCCAAAGCCGAAGCUGAGCUCGCAUAUCGCAAGGUCUUGCUUCGACCACGCAUACUCCGAGAUGUGAGUAAGAUUGAUACAAGCACACAGAUUCUGGGUCAUGACGUUUCGUUACCAAUCUAUAUUUCUGCUGUUGGUAUUGCGAAAUUUGCACAUCCUCUGGGUGAGUGUAUAUUAGCAGCUGCGGCGGGUCAUGAAGGAAUUGCGCAGUUGUGUGCGACGAGGUCGAGUAUGUCGAUUGAAUCGAUCAUGAAGACACGAACGGGCGGACCGGAACAGCCUAUUUUCUUUCAAUUAUAUAUGCACAAAGAUGCCAAGAUAUCAGAAGCGACGAUACUCAAGGCUGUAAAAGCAGGUGUUAAGGGUAUCUGGUUGACGGUCGAUUCCCCGGUUACGGGAAAGAGAGAGAGGGAUGAGCGAGUUAAAGCUACCGUUGACGUUGGCGAACAAAACGACAAUAUUGGCGGCAAAGGCCAACCCGUACAAGGCGUCGCCAAAACCCUAGCCAGCACAGUCGCUCCUUAUCUAGACUGGAACACAAUCUCCUACAUCCGCAAACUCACAGACCUGCCUCUCGUCAUCAAGGGCAUCCAAUCCGUCGAAGAUGCUGUUCUAGCCCACAAACACAAAGUCGACGGCAUUGUAAUUUCAAAUCAUGGUGGCCGCUCGCAAGACACCGCACAGGCGCCGCUACUCACUCUUCUGGAAAUCAACAAAUAUGCUCCUCACAUCAUUAAGGAUAAAAAGAUGCAAAUCUUCAUUGAUGGAGGUGUCCGGCGCGGAACGGAUGUUGUCAAGGCGCUUGCUCUGGGCGCUACAGCGGUUGGUAUGGGUCGACCAUUCUUGUAUAGCAUGGCUUCCGGAUAUGGUGAAGCAGGUACACGACGCAUGAUUGGGAUUAUGCGUGAAGAGAUUGAGCAGAAUAUGGCUCUCGUUGGUGUCACGAAGAUAUCGGAGUUGAGGAGGGAGUUACUGAAUACGUCGCGGUUGGAGAGGGAUCUUUCCACUUUCAUCGCGAAAUUGUAA